UUUUAAUCGAAUCACCUUGAUAGAUGGAUCCGAAUAUUUCAGAUCUUUCAGCAUGGAACAUACGUAAUCCCCAGCAACCUAAUCCAGGUUAUCCUGAUAUGUCUUCUGUAGGUUAUCCGGGAAUGACUCCAGGAGGAUAUCCAGGAUAUCCUGAUUCGUCUGGGGGUUUAUCGAGUUCAAACACAAGUACAUAUCCAGGAAUGUCAUCUGGAGGAUAUUCUGACCUGCCGUCAGGAGGUUUCGCAAAUUUAAACACAACUGGAUAUCCAGCACCUAUGAUGAGUGGGUUCGAUGGACAGUCAGGAGCAAAUUUCAAUAAUAAACCUUUCGGUGCUCCUAGUGGUUAUCCCGAUCAGCGUUUGAACAACCCAACUGCCCCUUUUUCAAGCCAACAAGGUUAUACAAAUCCUUCUUAUGGCAAUAAUCCAUCUGCUACAUCAUAUCUACCAGGUACAACCUCAUUCGAUAUCGAUUAUUCACGUCAAAUGCAAAGUCCUUAUAUUUCUGGAAAUCCCAAUUCACAAAAUCUCCAAACAAAUUAUUGCCCAACUAUGCCACCAUCAGGUGGAAGUUCAUUUGGUAGCAACCCAGUGAACACGAAUCAAGGAUCUGUGUACCCGAUGUUUAACGAUUUUCCUACUCCGAUUUCAUCUCAGUCGAAUGAAUUUUCUGUCUCUUCCAGAGUUUAUGGAUUUGCUGAAUCAGCUCCACACGAAGAUAUAAUGGAGCCAACUUUAAAAGCAGCACCUAAUUUUUGUGUUGAACGAGACUGUGAACGUUUAAAAAAGGCUAUGGCCGGAUUAGGAGCAAAUGAAAAAGAGGUCAUCGAAGUAAUGGGUCAUCGAUCUGUUGAUCAACGUGUAGCAAUCGUACAAAAAUAUAAAUCAAUGUAUGGAAAAGAUUUAUUUGCCAAAUUUAAAUCUGAAUUACAUAGUCACUUAGAAGACUGUGUGAUCGCGUUGUGUUACUCACCAGCAGAAUUUGAUGCCAUUGAACUUCGUAGAGCAAUGAGAGGAGCUGGUACUGAUGAAGAUGCACUGAUUGAAAUCCUUUGUUCAAGGACAAAUGAACAAAUCAAAAGAAUUAAGGAUAUUUAUCCAAAAUUACUCAAUGGACGUAACUUAGAAAAAGAUGUUGACAAUGAUACUACACAUCAUUUUAAACGUAUAUGUAUUGCUUUGCUGCAAGCAAACAGAGAUGAAUCUACAUUUGUAGAUACGAACCUUGCACGGAGAGACGCAGAAGAUUUAUAUAGAGCAGGGGAGCAAAAAAUAGGAACAGACGAAUCAAAGUUCAUUCACAUCUUGGUUACGCGAUCCUAUGCUCAUUUACGAGCUGUAUUCAAUGAAUAUACAUCACUUGGCAAGCGUAAUAUGGAAGAUGCUUUAAAAUCAGAAAUGCAUGGGCAUACACUCAGUGCCUUACUCUCUAUUGUUCGUUGUAUACAAAAUAAGCCACGAUAUUUUGCAAUGAAAUUAUUAAAAGCUAUGAAAGGUGCUGGAACAGAUGACAGGACCCUUAUUCGUAUUAUUGUAUCUCGUUGUGAAGUUGAUAUGGGACAAAUUAAAAAAGAGUUUCAUGGUUUAAAAGGGAAAACACUAGAGGCAUGCAUACAUGAUGAAACGUCAAGAGAUUAUCGUCGUCUGUUACUGGCGCUUAUCGGAGCAUGAUCUCGAAUACUUUAUUUACACUGAAUAAAGUUGUCAAUAAUGAAUUAGUUCAUGUUACUGAGUAUUUUUAAAGAUAUAUUUCAUAGCUACGACUCUUUAUUUUAAUUAACACGAGUAUUCCGCUAGUCUAACAAAAACUACGCUAUGAGAGAAUAUUUUUAAGUUCUUUAAUCGUUUUAUCUACUAUCCCACUUUUCUACGUUCACAAAAUGCCGUAAUCAGAUAUUUUUAUUUUAUUGCUAAUUUUUAUACAAACAAAGUGAUUUGCUUUGAGAUGGAUUUGUUAACGUUUUAGUUAAAGGGUGAAUGCGAUUGCAUGAAAAUAAUGACCUGAGUUUGGUUAGUUAGAUUGUCGCUCAGAAAUGAUCGCUGAAAAACUUGUGUUUGUAUUUUCC